AUGAGCCAUAUUCCAGUGGUCGACUUUGCGCCUUUCCGUGAAGGAAGUCCAGCGGAUGCAAAGGCUACGGGUCAAGUGAUAUUUGAAGCUUUCCGGGAUGUAGGGUUCGUCUACUUGAAGAACCAUGGCGUUCCUCAGGGCGUCGUUGACGAUGCAUUCUCCUGGAGCAAGAAACUAUUCGACCUUCCUCAGUCUGAGAAGGAAAAAGCGCCACAUCCACCAGAAGGAUGGUGGCACCGAGGCUACUCCGGCAUGGGCCGAGAAAAGGUGACGCAGAUGGUCUUUGAUAAAGAAAACCUGGGAGAGCUUCGCAAAAUUCCCGACGUCAAGGAAUCGUUCGACAUCGGACGAGAAGACGAUAAAAUAACUCCCAAUAUAUGGCUGCCAGAGUCUACCAUGCCUGGCUUCCGUGCUUUCUUUAACAGCUUCUUCCAGAUUAACCACAAAGUUGGGCAGGAUAUACUACGUGCACUGGCAGUAGGUAUGGAUAUGGACGAGAAUUUCUUCGAGUCAUAUCAUACAAUGCAGGAUAAUCAGAUCAGACUUCUUCACUAUCCGCCUGUGGAGGAAGAGUUGCUUCGUCAGGGCAAAAAGGAGCGCAUUGCAGCCCAUACCGACUUUGCUACGAUGACACUACUCUUUCAAGACGAUGUUGGUGGACUAGAGGUUGAAGACAUUCAUCAAGCAGGCGUAUUCAAUCCUGUGCCAUAUAUACCCGGUACUAUUGUGGUGAAUAUCGGCGAUUUCUUGAUGAGAUGGAGUAACGAUACGCUUCGGUCGACAAUGCACCGAGUUAGAGCUCCGCCGGCGACGAAUGUGGACGAGGAAGGAAAGGAGAAAUGCGAUGGCUCUGGUCAAAGAAUGAGUCGCGCAAGAUAUUCAAUUCCGUAUUUCAUUGCAGCGAACAGGAAGAAGGUGAUUGACUGCCUGCCUGGCUGCUAUGGUCCGGAUAAAUCGAAGAAGUAUGAGCCCAUCAACUCGGGAGACUAUGUCGCUAUGAGAUUGAACGCUUCGUAUUAG